AUGGUGUCUUUGAAGCGAGAACACUUGGGUAGCUGUCUUGAUAAAAAAUUGGAUAUCGCGAUACUGCAAGACAUAUCAAGAGGUGUAGGCGAGCAACAGCGAAGGAAAAAGAUAAAAAUCAUUGAUGAGCUGCUAGAAAAGAAGGGUGUUUCCCCAUCAGGAAACCAUUUUGCUAUUAUCACCUUUGCAAUGGAAGUAGUUAUUCAAAGCAAAUUCAACGAUGAGUCAUACUACGAGGAAGACAAAUUAAAAGACUUGGUUCAGAAGAAAGUAGGAGUGGAACCCAAGGCCUGGGGAAGACGCACAGAUCUCGCCAUGGAUCUUGCCGCCAAAGAGUUGUUUACUGAACAAGGAGGAAACAGGCCUGACGCUAAGAACUUCAUAAUCAUGUUUACAGAUGGGAAACCUUAUAAGUCGAGGAGAGAUAAACGACGUGUGAUUCCGUUUAAGGAUUCCAUUAAAGUAUUGGAGAGCAAAGGUGUAAGCAUAGUUGUCGUUGGAGUCGGUAAUAGAGUUUUCAAAGAAAAGGAGACAAUGUCAAUGAUUGCAGGAAAGAAUGGAAAAGUGCUUCUGUACCCUAACUUUCACGACCUAUCUGAACAUUUGGACGAUAUUCUAGAAGCUACAUGUGCAAUUGACGGUGGAUACAGCGAGUUUUCUGAGUCUGAGUGCAGUGUGACAUGUGGAGGAGGGACAAAAAAUCUGACAAGAACUUGUACCAAUCCGCCGCCAUCUGACGGUGGCAAGUACUGCAGUGACCUAGGACCAGCUGAAAAGACAGUUUCAUGCAACGAAGCAGAAUGUCCAAUUGAUGGUGGUUACACUGAGUUUUCUGAGUCUGAGUGCAGUGUGACAUGUGGAGGAGGGACAAAAAAUCUGACAAGAACUUGUACCAAUCCUCCGCCAUCUAACGGUGGGAAGGACUGCAGUGAACUGGGACCAGCUGAAAAGACAGUUUCAUGCAACGAAGCAGAAUGUCCAAUUGAUGGUGGUUACACUGAGUUUUCUGAGUCUGAGUGCAGUGUGACAUGUGGAGGAGGGACAAAAAAUCUGACAAGAACUUGUACCAAUCCGCCGCCAUCUAACAGUGGAAAGAACUGCAGUGAACUAGGACCAGCUGAAAAGACAGUUUCAUGCAACGAAGCAGAAUGUCCAAUUGAUGGUGGUUACACUGAGUUUUCUGAGUCUGAGUGCAGUGUGACAUGUGGAGGAGGGACAAAAAAUCUGACAAGAACUUGUACCAAUCCGCCGCCAUCUAACGGUGGAAAGAACUGCAGCGAACUUGGACCAGCUGAAAAGACAGUUUCAUGCAACGAAGCAGAAUGCCCAAUUGAUGGUGGUUACACUGAGUUUUCUGAGUCUGAGUGCAGUGUGACAUGUGGAGGAGGGACAAAAAAUCUGACAAGAACUUGUACCAAUCCGCCGCCAUCUAACGGUGGAAAGAACUGCAGUGAACUGGGACCAGCUGAAAAGACAGUUUCAUGCAACGAAGCAAGAUGCCCAAUUGAUGGUGGAUACACUGAGUGGUCGGAGUCUGAGUGCAGUGUGACAUGUGGAGAAGGGACAAAAAUACUUACAAGAACCUGCACCAAUCCUUCGCCAUCUUGCGGUGGAAAGAAUUGCAGUGAGCUGGGGCCAGAUUUUAUGACAAUUCCAUGUAACGAAGGAGAAUGCCCAAUUGAUGGUGGAUACACUGAGUGGUCGGAGUCUGAGUGCAGUGUGACAUGUGGAGAAGGGACAAAAAUACUUACAAGAACCUGCACCAAUCCUCCGCCAUCUUGUGGUGGAAAGAACUGCAGUGAGCUGGGGCCAGAUUUAACGACAAUUCCAUGUAACGAAGGAGAAUGCCCAAUUGAUGGUGGAUACACUGAGUUUUCUGAGUCUGAGUGCAGUGUGACAUGUGGAGGAGGGACAAAAAAUCUGACAAGAACUUGUACCAAUCCUCCGCCAUCUAACGGUGGAAAGGACUGCAGUGAACUGGGACCUGCUGAAAAGACAGUUCGAUGCAAUGAAGCAAUAUGUCCUCCUCCAUGCACAGCUGGACUCGACAUUGGAAUUGUACUCGACAAAUCCGAGAGUGUCAGAAAAGCUAAUCUGAGAAAGGUUAUCACCUUCUUGUGUGAACUUGUGAAGAAAUUUCACCCGUCACCAGAAGAAGACCACUUCGGUCUCAUCACGUUUAACAAGCGAGCGGAACUGGCGUUUACCUUUGCGGAUUCAAAAUACCAUGACAAGGAAGCUCUCGUGAAGAGAAUAGCCGAUGAGCCAAUUAGACUGCGUCUGCAUACUCGCACCGAUCUGGCUUUAAAAUUGGCAUUAGACUCGCUGUUUACCAAGGCAGGGGGAGACAGACCAGACAAACCAAAUGUCAUGAUUGUAUUGACAGAUGGAAUGCCAACACAUCCUGGGAAAAGUUUCAGUUUCGAUGCAUUUGCUGCGAAUAUAGAAAAAGAAUUUAAAAAAAAGAACGUUAGCACAUUGGCCGUGGGAAUUGGUAAGACGAUAAAUAUAAAAAGCCUGAAGCAGAUCGCAGGUGGAAGUAACGUGGUGCAGGUGGAGGACUUCGACAAACUUAAAGAAACGAUCGAAGAAAUCAAAUCGAAAUCUUGUACUGAGUGAGAAAGCCACCUGGCCUUUAUCAAGUGGAGUCGUCCUUAAUUUUUUAGUACCUAGGAAGAUUGUAUUUGCAAACUGUACUAAGUGGCAAUAAAAAUAAAAAAAGGAAUUCUCUGAG